AUGGCAAGAUUUUUUGCGAGAUAUCCUCUAUCUUACUUACUAGUUUAUGAGAUUUAUAAUUUUUUAGAAAAUUAUAACUCUUGAGCAAUUAAAAACAUUUGCUCUAUUUAAAUAUAUCUUAAAUUUUAUGCUUUGAUAUGUAUUUAAUAUUUAUUAUAUUUAAAAUCUGUAUCAUUAUAAAUUGCAAAUUUAAUUAAUUUUUAUUUUAUAAAAAAAUUUAUUUAUACAAUAUGCUUUCAUUUUUAGUUGCUCAGAAAAUUUAUUUGAAACUUGUUGAUAUAUUCAUAUGAAAUUUAACUAAUCCAAAUAAUAUCAUAUUAUCAAAAUUUUGUACCAAAUUCUCUAAAGCAACUUUACACUAUUUUAGGUUCUGAUAUAAUGAGAUGCAGCCUCUAUAGAGGUAGAGGAGUAAGACAGAAAAAAUUAUUGCCUCAAUGAAAAUCAUGGGGUCAAUGCAUAUAAGCUUAGCUUCCUUUCAAACUAUUGUUUCUAUCUCAAAAGACCUAAAGUUAUUGAUUUUAAUUCUAUCAAUGCUACGUAAUUAA